GAAACGCGUGGUUUAAGGUUACAGGAUGAGGUACGCGUCAUAAUGCAGUGUCCACACUGAACAUUCUGUCAACUCCCUAUAUGGGCGGCCGUAACCUUGAAUUCUUUAAAGUUGAAUUCUGGCCGAAAGAAACGCCAAAACUACCCGGAGAUCGUGAAGAAUUGCGAGAUGAAGUCGAAAGAAUUAAGGCCUCCAGAAACGAACAUCCGUAAGUCGGAAAACAAUGUACGAGAGCAAAAUGGCGGAAAUCAAAUAGAAAGGAUCUCUUAUUUUCCAGUCUUUAAGCUAUUUUGUUUUUGGACGCUUUUGCUUCAAGCCAUCUCUGUCAUGUUCUCAAAAUUGCUCGCAUUUGAUGACUCCUCAGCGCUCUUGCUCAAACAAAAUCCUUUUCCCGGAAGGAACCAACUAAUAGAGACUCUGUUUAAUGCCUUUAUUCGUUGGGAUAGUAUCUAUUUCGUGGACAUGGCAAUGCAUGGUCGAAAAUAUGAACAGGAAUGGGCAUUCUCUCAGGUGUGGCCUGCACUUAUGAGAAAGGUCGCAUUUUUUACCGACGACAUGGCCCUUGUUGGCGUCAUUGGCUGUUAUGUAGCUGUUGCAUUUCAUGGAAUGGCUUUAUACUGUUUACUGAAAACAACAGAGAGAGUAUUUACGAGCAAAAGAUUUGCAGUCAUUACCGGAAUACUGUAUGUUCUUUCUCCAUCCGGUAUAUUCUGUUCUGUUGCGUUUACCGAGCCUUUGUUCGCGGCUCUUGCUUUUCUUGGAAUGCUUCUCCUUACAUAUGAUCAGUCCAUACUGGCAGCUGUGUGUUGGUCAGCAUCUGUUACUAUACGAAGCAAUGGUUUGCUAUUCUGUUUGUUUUUCGGUAUACGAUUGUUGGCUGGUCUUUGCACAUACUUUGGCUCGCAACGCAGCCAUUUUGCAGAGAAACAAAUAUUGCGAAAUGCAAUCUGUAUACUCAUUGUGAUGACUCCCUUCCUCCGUUCACAAUGGCAAGCAUAUCAAGAGUUUUGUCCAGGCGCUACUUGGUGCGAGAAUGUGUUUCCGUUUAUCUAUACUGCUGUUCAAAGAAAAUACUGGGACGUUGGUUUCUUGCGCUAUUGGACUCCAAACAAUAUUCCAAACUUUGGUCUCGCUUUGUUAACAAUCAUUCCGCUUAUUAUUGCUAUUAUUGUUCACGUGAGGUACUCGUUGCUUGGUUCAUUGUUUAUGGUUUCUCAGUGGCUGCUUGCUGCUAUGUUGCUUUACGUUGGUAUAUUCCAAAUGCACGUACAAGUAUUGAAUCGCCUAUCGUCCGGCAUACCGCUUUUGUAUUGGGGUAUUGCUUAUGGCUUAAUGCAACCGAAAACAACAAAACUUUACAAGAUGUGCCUGGUAGUGCAAGCUGCAUGGAUCAUAUACACCGUUAUCCAAGCUGGGCUUUACGGCUCGUUCAUGCCACCUGCUUAAAAAGAAAGAAAUAUUCCCUAGGACACAUUAAUGAUAUUUAUGUAAUAGGAAUGUGUUACUGGAAGCAAUUGAAAUGAUGACAAAAGUCGACUUAUGAAAUGAAACUACGAAUUCUAAUCAUUACAUGCGUAUGUAGGAGGAAAGAGUUUUACGAUUCUUGCCUUUGAAUAAGCAUUACGACAGCCAGUACUCUAUACAGUGUUUGCUUGACUCUCAAAGCAGUGAUGCUAUAGUUGACACUGAUUUUAUUUUUCCCUUUGAUCCGUUCUAAAGUACAUAGAAGAAUCAUUCACUGCAUUACUGAGAAUGAUUCUGUUCCUAAGAAUAGCCUGAAUAACAUUUCGGACACAGUGAACUCUUACUGGCACGAUGUUAAUCGCUAAACACUCAGAACGUUCUCUAAGUGUGAUUCAAAAAGU